UGAGACAGAGCCCUUUAAAGAGCCAGACAGUGUGGAUACAGAAAGGACUUUGUUUCUUUCUAAGGAAGAAUACAGAAGAAGUGGUAAAUUAGAAAAGCAGAACCCUUCUGAAAACACAGCGUGGGCAACAUUCAUCUUUACUCGGUGGAAAAAAUUCUGGAGUGCCCCUGUAACUGUAUUUAUGGGAAACGUUAUUAUGUAUUUUGCUUUUCUGUUUCUAUUCACUUAUGUCCUUUUACUGGAUUUUAAGCCACCUCCACCUGAAGGUCCAUCUGCUAAAGAAAUUAUACUUUACUUCUGGGUUUUUACCUUGGUCUUGGAAGAAAUCCGACAGAGUUUCUUUACAGAUGAAGACACAAAUUUAAUGAAAAAGUUUAAACUAUACGUAGAGGAUAACUGGAAUAAAUGUGACAUGGUGACCAUCUUCCUCUUCAUAAUUGGGGUAACCUGCAGGAUGCUCAACUCGACUUUUCAAGCUGGCCGCACAAUCCUCGCCAUUGAUUUUAUGGUGUUUACACUUAGACUUAUACACAUUUUUGCAAUUCACAGACAACUUGGACCAAAGAUCAUAAUUGUGGAGAGGAUGGAUAUGAACACAAGAACAGCUGUACAAGAUACCAAAUUCCAUUUAGCUCUGUAUCCCACCACAGACAGCGGCUUGGCAGGGGUGCUGAAGGACUGGACAUAA